ACCAAGUUUGUAACUUCACAACUUUGUGUAGGUAGACGUCAGGAGCCAUUAUGUUUAAUAAUACUACUUUUAUAAAGUCAUACUACUCUUUUGUAGAAUUAAUACAAUUUUAAUUUACCUAAGUACUUUUAAUAGAUACCUACUGCUUACACAUAAUUUUAUAAGUACUAUUCCUUGAACGGUCUUGUGUCACUUCAAGUUCUAGGUUUGACCUAUUGACCUGAAUAAAAUGACGUGAAAUAAAGGAAUAAAAAAUGCAGACUGCCAAGAAAGAUGAGAAAAGAAAAACAAAAGAUAAAACGAAGGAGGAUGUCGCUCUGAAGAAAUCGACUGAAAGAAGCGCAACAGAUAGUGCCAGAAGAAAUACAGAUGCGGGAAAUAAAAAAGAUAAGUAUUAUAAAAAUGAAAGCACAAGCAAUGUCGAGAAAAGGCUCACUAAAGAAAAAUCUAAAGAUAUUAUCAGUUCACGUAAGGCAGCAGAAAUAAAUAAAAAAUCCAUAUACACUGUUUCUACUCCUCGUAACUUUGUGCAAAAGACGACGACGGCUGAUAUUUACGAUAAAAAUAAAACACUCAAAGUAUCUAAAAACGUUCCGCCAAAAGAAGCUAGUACAACUAAUACAGUCAAGGCUCCACAGCGAAGUAAAGAUGGAGUAAAGUCAACAGCUCCAGUGCCUCUUAGCGCACGAAAGAUAGUUAGCAAACUCGAUACAGUAAAACCUACAAAAAGUGUUAAAAAAUUAGAACCUACUCAAAAGGCAAAGAAAUCUCUACCCAUUAAUGUAACCGUAAACUCGCCGAUUCAAAAGCGAAAAUUGGAAGAAAAGCUUAGCGUUGACGAUAAUGAUAAUAUUAAAAUGAAAAUAAAAGAAUGUAAACAGAUAGAAGAGACAUCAAAUGAAAGACCAAGAACGAAAACGAGAACUUUGGAUGAAGGUGAAGUCAAGAUUUUAACUCCAGAAAUCGUGGAUAACAACUCAGAAAUGGCUAACUUGUCAAAGAAAUUAACAGCUGCACCUAAAGCUUUCUACGUUAAUUUGAAUGCAGAUAGGGAAGAGAGAAAACAUUCAAGUGAGGAUGAGGUGAGCUAUGAAGACGAUUUCGAAAGUUAUGAAUCUGAUUUUGAGUCGUACGAGAGUACACCAAGUGAGGCAGCAAGUGAGUCUACUCAGUCUGAGGGGGAUGAUGUUCAAGAUGAAGAAAAUUCUAAAGAAGAACGAAUGCUUGAUUCUGGUCAUUUCGAAUUGCGUGAUACUCGUUCUGCCCACAAAACUACACCAAUGGACUACAUCACCGAAACCUCUGAAGAAGCGGACAAAAAGACUUCUUUGACUGAUGAAGGGUUCCAAGAGAUGUCCAGCUCCAGUGGACUACCUAGCAUCAAGACGGUUCAUGUUGAUGUUUUUGAGAGACCUUUGUUCAUAGAUUUCACAAAAUCUAGAGAUAAUCGCAGAAAGCGUCGUGUAUUUGAAAGAUUAAAACAAAGAGCACAAGACAUACUGAGUAUAGUGACGUUGCAUGAAAUAACGUACUCAUUAUUCGAAAUGAAACCGAUACCCUACGAUUUGUUUAUGGCUACAUUUGGUAGAUCAAACUACACACAGACAGCGGUACAGACUUAUGAUGAUGGUAUAUCUACAGAAGUUCAAACUGACGAAAUCGAGUAUAAUAACAAGUGGAUACAACAUCCUGUAAAGUUUUCUAAAAAUGACGUAUGUCUUAAUUUAAAGGAAGAUGUAGAAAAUGCUAAAAAUAAAGAAGAGUUUAGCUUCUUAUUCGACGAAGAUAAAACUGAAAUAAAUGACGAUAAUGAUUACAAAAAUCUUAGAAUAUAUUUAGAACAGAAAGAUGGUGCAGGAUCUGAUAAAAUAAUGUCCCAUGAACAGUACACAAAUAAGUUGAAAUGUAAAGAUAUAAAUAUGAACAGUCUGGCAAAGUUUUUAAAGAAGGCCGAGAGAAGAGUUAUUAAUGUAUUAAGUAUAACUAGCGGUACUACUCAUUCGUCAGAUUUGAAACAAUCACCUUACCCAUUCAGUAGUGGCUAUCUACCUUUGACGAUGAAUAAACUGCAAAAUAAGAAAUUUUCUUACCUAAAAAAUUGUAAUGUAAUAGGGACUGUUUUUUCUAAAAGUAAGAGUAAUCUCAUUUUAACGAUACAUAAUAAGAUUUCAAAUGGUGUUACAGCAAACAAGUGCGUUUUAUGCUUGUGGGAUUUGGGUAUGGCUAUGAUCGAACCAAUAAAAGUACUGAUAGCUGUAGAUAAUGUGAAACUAGGUGUGUUUCCUGGAUCCAUUGACGGAUUUUUCAUAGGAGCUUUAGAAGACGGAUCAAUUCAUGUUUGGGAUUUGACGGAAACGCCAACUUGGUCCACGGAAAAUGCUGAAGAAACAAAACCAAAGAAUUUUCACGAAAUUGAAGAAGACAAUCUCUUAGAAACUGAAAGAGAUAGACGAUGGGAUUCAAAAAAUCGGGAUAUCGGUUUGACUCCGGACUCUAGCAAGGCCACGUUUUUGACAAGCGCCUUCACUACCAGUGCAGCUAACAUUUCUCAUCAGGAUGAAGCUGAUUCUUUGGUCGCAUUAGAAUAUUUAGAAGAGGAAUUAAACGAUACUGAUUCUGGCAAUCAGAAAAUACUAGGACAGUUGUUUGCAUUACAACGAUUGGGAAUAUUGACCGUAUGGUCUGUAAUACAAGAAAAAUCUAAAAAGUAUGUCCGUGAUCCAGGUAAAGCGUACUGGUCAAAGAUGAAACUCGAAAAGAGGAAGAUCGUGAAUUUGUGUGAUCAUAUUCAUAUUUACGAAAGAGUAUUCGAUGACACCAUUUUUAAUUUAAAUAGCGCGAAAAAAAGACUGGCCGCUAAACGAAUGGAGAGGAAUUUGAAUUUGAAAAUAGAACUCCGACCGAGUACGUCAAAGCAAUUUGACAGGCCGACCAGUGCUGCCAGUGUGAGAACGUCCAAAAGUUUAUCAGAAAAUGUUUUUGAUUACAAAACUUCUUGCCAUGAUCUAAAAAUGAUGCAUCACAAAAAUCGUGUUUACUAUUUGAUAGCGAAAAAUUGUGGAGAAGUUCUUUGUUGUUCGAGAAUCAUCUCCGCUGCCAAAGUGGAUAUAUUUGACGUCGGCACUCCAACAACAUCAGUAACAUCAAUUUCGGUUUCUCCUCCCGGCCUGCCGUAUUUCUUAGCUGCCACAGAUGAUGGAACCAUUAAUUUGUGCUCAUUCGACACUUUUAGAGUUCUACUGAGACUGGAUUGUAGCAAUAUUCAAUCUUCGGCUGCAGAAAAAUAUUUAUCUGAGAAUAUCUCAAUCUUUGGCAAAGAUGAGAAGUCCAUCAGGACAGUAUUGUGGUCGCCGACAGACCCGUGCUGUAUCACCGCAUUGCUGGACCGCAGCGUGUGCGUCUGGCGGCUCACGCACAGCGACGUAUACGCCGAGUGCGAACGCGCGUCCACCCGAGCGUGCGUUGCUAGCGACAAGGCCUUUGCGCUAGUAACGACGGGAAACGAGGUCCAAAUCCACAAACUCCGAGAGAACAACGACCUGGGACUGUUUCAGGUGUAUGUUGAUCGUCUGUGA